AUGAAACAACAAGCUGCUCUUGUCAGCUUCGCAGCAAGUCUUCCGACAGCUCUUGCCUGGAUCGCGCCGAACGCACUGCUCGCCCGUGACGACGACAUCCCCUACCAGGACAUUGUCUGCAAGCCGGAGACGUCACCUGACGAUGACCUGCCACCAUGUGUGAGCAUCGAGAUCAUUGAAACAGCAUGCCUCAGCAACGGCACCGACGCCAUUCACUACAAAGCGCACGCUCAGUGCAUGUGCAACGGCUCCUUCUUUCCCGAAAAGCUUGCGUGUGAACGCUGCCACUUUGUUCACGGCCUCCGUUCUGAGAGCGAGGUCAUCCGCUACGAAGGCAUACUGGCUGCCGCCUCUGACGCACUCUGCGACGGCAGCCCAACGGCGCCGUUCGCCAGCCUCUUCGCUUCAGCUGAGGCUGUUGCCACACCUGUGUUCACUGGUGCUACCGGCGCAACAGAUCGGUUCGUCAGCGAGACAGACAUCAGCCUGUACUACACAGCGACAGGCGAUCAAGGCGCUGGCACGAUCACUAGGGACGCGGCAAGCGCGACGGCUACGGUCACGAACUCGCCGCCCUUCUCUGAAACACCAACCACGGGCACUAUCAGCAACUCUGGAGAGGAGACACGUACCACCACUUCGGCCGCCGACGAAUCGGAGACGAGCGGUACGGCCACUGAGGAGGUCAACACUACGGAGGAGGACAGUAGCGCUGUACCGACCCAGGCUGCGGAUAGGCUUGUCUUAGGACUUGCCGGCAUGGCUUUGCUUGCCGCAGUCUGA